AUGUCUGAAGCCAUAAAGCUCCCUGGCUUCGGUAUCCCUUUGAACGAAAGCAAGCAUUGGCGGGCAUCGCCUGGGGAUGGAUUCAUAACCAAUACGAGAGUUGGUGGUUCGCAAAAGUUCAGAACACUGUUCGGCAGUGCGCUGGAUGGGGCCGAUAUCUACAAUGGCUGUGUCUUCUCUCGUUUAACUCCGCUCAGGGAGAUCACGAUGAUUCAGGUUAUGAAUAAUAUCACCGACAAACCUGACUGGGACAUGAAGGUUUUUGAUACCGGUAUUACUGACAGAUGGAGAAAAGAGUUACUGGAAGAUGAUGGCCUUGACGUUACGGAGAAAAUGGUUGACUGGAUCAUCGCUGAGCUUCAGCACAAAUCAAAAAUGCUCAAAGAGACGGGCUUGAUCACUGCAUUCGAUUCAGGGGUUAUCAAAUCUGAUUCUGUCAUCCCCGCAUAUCUUAGAGAGUCCCUGAGAGCGGCAGUUGCUCGUCUAGAGGAUGUGCCUGAAACGCAAAAGGACUACCAUCCACACUCGGAUAAUCAAGUUCUAGACCUUGUCCAUCCUUCUCUCUUUCCAUUGGUUUACGGCCGAACACGUAUCAUCAAGGACGGCAUUCUGGGCAUUGAGGAUGGCAUUGCUAAGUCUGGGACAGGGGAGGUAAUCCCUAUCCCAGCUGAUCAGGAAAUUAAGCUACAAGAUUACACUGGUUGGCGUUACCUUGGCGAAAAGAUGAAUCAUCCGUUCAGCCAAAGGUUCCAGUGGCUUCCCUGUGACAUAGCCUUCGGGUCGGCUGACGAUUCAAAGGGUGAGGCAGCGCAAAGAACCCCCAGUCAAUGCACCAUCACCAGUUAUAUCAACAACUUGCACCCUAAAGAACACAAGGAGCUCUAUGGAAUACUCGAACAAGUCAUCUCACGGGCAAUCCCUUUAUGGAAUGCGACAUUAUCAUCUCUAUUAUAUGCAUCGAGAGAAUACAAACGCAUUGAGUACACUAGCUGCGUUUAUGACCCUGACCCGAACAAUAUACCAGAGAAGGAUCGGCCGCAACAACUUCCGGAUGAAGACGAAGGAAACUAUGACGAACGUAUUUGCAAUUGGGAGCGGGAGGUACGAAAAGUAGCCCUGCCUGAACCCGGAGAUUUCACCCCACGAAAACAACCAGACCCUUAUGACGAAUCCAAGAAGCCUCUGGAUUGGAGGAAGAUGGUUGACCUUCAGGGGGAUUAUGGAAAAACGGGGUUACAAGUUAUUGUGAAACUGGCAAAUAUCCAUCUAACGCCAGAAAAACCCAGAUACGACGGGGGGUCAUGGCAUGUUGAGGGACAGCUGAACGAACACAUAUGCGCUACAGCGCUGUACUACUAUGACAGUGUCAAUAUAACUGAGAGCCGUCUUGAAUUUCGCCAUCUUGCCAGCUUCUAUGAUGCUGAUGAGGUAAAGUAUGAACAAGACGAUCAUGCUUGGCUGAAAGAAGUGUUCGGGUGUGAACAAUAUGGUAGUACUGUACAGGAAAUAGGAAGUGUGCUUUGCAAAGAGGGACGUCUUGUAACAUUCCCGAACAAGUUGCAGCAUCGCGUACGACCUUUCGAGCUAGAAGAUCCCACCAAGCCAGGCCACCGGAAAAUCCUCGCCCUGUUCCUAGUUGAUCCAAACCUUCGCAUCAUCUCCACGGCAAAUGUACCGGUACAACGAGCGGACUGGUUGGGGCGGUCAGUACCACGGGAUGGUGCCUUGGGGAAUCUCCCCAGGGAACUCUUCGAUGAGGUUGUUUCUUACCUGGGUGACAACGCUAUUCCGAUGGAAGAGGCAAAGGAGCUACGACUUGAGCUAAUGGAAGAAAGGAAAGCUAUUGUGGCGGAGGUGGACAACUCAUUUAGUAAGGUCACAUUCUCCCUAUGUGAGCAUUAG